GCUUCUUGGAUGACAAUGGAGGUUCCAUUGUGCAGGAUGAGGGCAGGCUGUAUGACAUCGCCACCACGAGGGUUCAGCGUGAUCUUCUGUGUCUCCCUUCCAGGCCAGCACUCUGCCUUCUCAAUCCAUCAUGGUGUUUGGUGAGUUUUUCCAUCGCCCUGGACAAGAUGAGGAACUUGUCAACUUGAACGUGGGGGGCUUUAAGCAGUCUGUGGAUCAAAGUACACUCCUGCAGUUCCCUCACACACGACUGGGGAAGCUGCUUACCUGCCACUCUGAGGAGGCCAUUCUGGAGCUGUGUGAUGACUACAGCGUGGCAGACAAAGAGUACUACUUUGAUCGGAACCCCUCCUUGUUCAGAUACGCCUUGAACUUUUAUUACACAGGGAAGCUGCACGUGAUGGAGGAACUGUGUGUCUUCUCCUUCUGCCAGGAGAUCGAGUACUGGGGCAUCAAUGAGCUCUUCAUUGACUCCUGCUGUAGCAGUCGGUACCAGGAGCGCAAGGAGGAGAGCCACGACAAGGACUGGGACCAGAAAAGCAACGAUGUGAGCACAGACUCCUCCUUUGAAGAAUCGUCUCUGUUUGAGAAAGAGCUGGAGAAGUUUGAUGAGCUGAGAUUUGGGCAGCUCCGAAAGAAGAUCUGGAUUCGAAUGGAAAACCCAGCUUACUGCCUGUCGGCCAAGCUCAUUGCCAUCUCCUCCUUGUGUGUGGUGCUGGCUUCCAUAGUGGCCAUGUGUGUGCACAGCAUGUCGGAAUUCCAGAACGAAUAUGGAGAAGUGGAUGACCCUGUGCUGGAAGGUGUGGAGAUUGCCUGCAUUGCAUGGUUUACUGGUGAGCUAGCCAUCAGGCUGGUUGCUGCUCCAUCACAAAAGAAGUUCUGGAAAAACCCUCUGAACAUCAUUGACUUUGUCUCUAUCAUUCCCUUCACGUUGUCUGUGGACACCAAGGAAGAAGAGAGUGAGGACAUUGAGAAUAUGGGCAAGGUGGUCCAGAUCCUUCGGCUCAUGAGGAUUUUCCGAAUUCUGAAGCUCGCCUGGCACUCUGUAGGGCUUCGGUCUCUUGGGGCCACACUGAGGCACAGUUAUCAUGAGGUGGGGCUACUGCUUCUCUUCCUUUCCGUGGGCAUCUCCAUCUUCUCUGUGCUUAUUUACUCUGUGGAGAAAGAUGAACACAAGUCCAGUCUCACCAGCAUCCCCAUCUGCUGGUGGUGGGCCACUAUCAGUAUGACCACAGUGGGCUAUGGAGACACCCACCCAAUCACCUUAGCUGGGAAAAUCAUUGCAAGCACAUGCAUUAUCUGUGGAAUCUUGGUGGUAGCCCUUCCCAUUACCAUCAUCUUCAACAAGUUUUCCAAGUACUACCAGAAGCAGAAGGACAUGGAAGUGGACCAGUGCAGCGAGAACCCACCGGAGAAGUGCCAUGAGCUACCUUACUUUAACAUUAGGGACGUUUAUGCACAGCAAGUACAUGCCUUCAUCACCAGUCUGUCUUCCAUUGGCAUCGUGGUCAGUGAUCCUGACUCCACAGAUGCUUUGAGCAUCGAAGACAAUGAGGAUGCUUACAACACUGCAUCCCUGGAGAACUGUACUGGAAAAUGA